AUGGCGCCAAGCGCGACCCCCGCGAGCGAGACUGUGCAUCCGCGCAUGUGGACGCGGUUCUUGGCCCCGUACUACGUGUGCAACGCGGUGGCGCUGCUCAUGUACGCGCCGAUCCGCUUCCAGCGGUCUAGCGAGACCCUCGCCGAGCGCGAAAACUUCCUCAACUUGCCACUGGAACAAGAGAUUUUCCUGCUGGCAUUGGGUUCCUGGCUGCUCAACUACCGCAAGAAGGCGACGGCAGAUGGAGUCGUCGCGCUCUUCUUCAUGUAUGGCAAGCUGGCGGUGCUGGCGUCGCUGUACUACUUGGACAUUACCCUUUUCGGGUGGUACGCGCUGAAUCAUUUGUUGUGUGCUGCAGCGCUGUUCUCGGCCGUGGGGCAGCCUCGAUAUGAUGGUCCGUCCAAGAUCACCGAGUUGGACCCGGCGAUGGUGGAAAAAUUGGUCAAGAAAGCUGCUGGCUCGAAGAAGAAGGGCCCGCCGAACUCGUGGCUGGUUUUCUACUACACUGACUGGAGUGACUCUUGCGUGGAGCUUGAGCCGAUGCUCGCGGAUCUAUCGCUCAGUGCAGGAUUGGGUAUUGAUGGCGUCACUUGCCUCGGCACCGGAAUGCUAUGGGGCAGAUACUCGUCGAGCACGUUGCAGUUUGGCAGGGUCGAUGUAAACAAGUGGUCAGAUCUGGCGGUGGAGAACCGAAUCAACGUGUCGACGUCGUCGUGGCAGCUUCCGAGCAUGAUCCUGUUUCAGGAUGGCCAAGAGGUUAUGCGCUUGCCGCCCAUUGAUGAGAACGGGAAGGUCACGAAGACGAUCCUCGACCGGGCGGGUCUUGUUGUUGUUUUCAGGCUUCAGGAACUGAAGGAAGGCAAGCCAACCGCCUUCAAACCCAAAACCAGUUAG